AGGGAAAAUCAAUAUUUUCUUAAUCUGCAUCCCUGUUUAUAAGGAUUGAAGGUCUAGUCUUGUCGUGUACAAAUUAUAAUUAAUAGCAAGCAAAACAGUGCACAGCAAGUGUGAAUCAAAGUAAGGAAGAUGUUGGGCACAGAUGUAUUCAGCGAGAAGCACGAGAAGAUGCUGAAUGAUUGUUUGGAUUCUCUACGUACGAGCAGCAGCUUAGUCAACGAGUACGACGAUGAUAACGAGGAGGACAACAUCGAGAAGAUGCAGAACAUAACAAAGUCGUUCUGCGACGCAGAAAAGGAGUACGAGAUGUCUCAGAUCGCACUUGAGCAGACAGCAGAGUACUUUGAUAAUAAAGAGGGAUUGAAUACUGUUGAUGUCAGAGAGAUGUAUCUCAAGUAUCUGAAGGAUGUUGACUCAUCAACAAGCUUCACCGAGCAUCAGAUCUGGAAGGCCAUUGAAGGUAUCAUUGAUCCUGGACAGAAGAGCAAAAAACCAGAUGACUGCCACGAUGACAGUUUGAUCUGUACCACUGCAUUCACUGUACCAAUUGAUCCCAUAUCCAAAAAGGUGGUGAUGAAUCCAUGCGUCAACAGUGUCUGCAAGCACAUCUAUGAGUUCAGCGUGAUCAUAAAGUACAUCCAGACCAAGAAGAAGGGUAACAUCAGAUGUCCAUACAUUGGUUGCACCAAUAAACACAUACAGGUCAAGCACCUGGAGAAAGAUCCUGAAUUGGAACUGAAAAUCAAGAAUUUUCGUCCCUCGACCUCUGAUUGUGAUUGCAAUACCAGUAUUACUAAUAUAAGCAUGUAAAUGCAGAAAUCUUAAAUGUUGAAUGUUUGAUCAUUCAUUUAAGUAAUAAAUGCCAAAUAUUGUUAGAUUA